ACCGAGGUGGACGUUUCGCUCACCAAAGAUGUCCAGAUUUCGUGACAACAAGUCCCGCAGAUUUGAUUGUCUCUCUCCUUUCAGCUGUAUGUACUCUUUCCCGGAUACGCAGUAGCUAAAGUGGAGUUUGUUUGCCUUGGAGAAGGAGCCAGCAGUCCGUUUGAAGUGAACUCCAUCCAUGCUCGGCUGGGCGAGGAAAAGAGCAGCGGGGAUGUGAGUUUGUUCAGCCCCGGCUCGACUUAACAAGCGUAGGAGACGUGAAAGUGAGAUUAACUACCAGUGCGGGAGGAGGUUGGGUUUCUGUGGCGGAUUUGAACCGACUUAAGAAGUUAUGAAAAUGACCGGAGCCAUGGAAACUUCCUUCAAACAGGCUUUGAAGAAACCGCCCUCGCUACGGACAGCAGAGGACCUCCACACCAUCUACUGCCACCUGUACCACAUGGAUGUCCUCUCGCACCUCAGGGAACAUCAGCUAAGGUCAAUGUGUACGUCAGCCAGGUAUGAGAGACAUGAGGCUAACCACGUCCUGUUCUACCCAGACAGCAUUGCUACCUGUUGGUACAUCCUGCUCUCCGGAUCAGUCUUCGUCAAGGAGCACAUGUACCUGGCCAGGUGCUGUUUUGGCAAGCAGCUGGGGGGCAGACGAGGCUGUGAAUGCAUCACUUUGGAGCCAUCAGAAAUGAUUGUGGUGGAUAACGGCACUGAGGGUGAGGACGGCGUCCUGCAGAGGGAGGGGUCCCAGAGGAGGUCCAGACGUCGCUUCAGGAGGGUCAACCCCCGGGGAGAGCGGGAACUCAUCACGGACGGCCAGGAGCCCGCCAGCUACAACACGGACUAUGUCGACAGCCAGCUUCCUGCUGACCUCAAUAAGAUGCACCUGACAGAUCACGCCCACCAGCAGGUGAUGCACAUGCCUCCCAGCCAAUCAGGAUGCAGCAUCGCAAGCGACUCGGGGAGCAGCAGCCUAUCCGAUAUUUACCAGGCCACAGAGAGUGAGCUGGGCGAUGUGGACCUGUCUGGGCUCCCGGAGGCUGCAGUGGACAGUGAGGAGGAGGAAGAGGAAGAUGAGGACCUGGAGAGGGCGUCAGACACUCUGCUGGGCCGAGAUUUGGUCCGGGAGUGUCUGGAAAAAGAACCGGCUGACCGCAACGACGAUGAUAUUGAGCAAUUGUUGGAGUUCAUGCACCAGCUACCAGCCUUUGCCAACAUGACCAUGUCGGUGCGGAGGGACCUGUGCAGUGUCAUGGUGUUUGAAGUGGUGGAGCAAGCCGGCACAGUCAUACUGCACGACAAACAGGAGCUGGACCUGUGGUAUGUGAUCCUGAACGGUGCCGUGGAGAUCAGCCACUCAGAGGGAAGAACGGAGACUCUCUGCAUGGGAAACAGCUUCGGCAUUUCUCCAACACUAGACAAGCAGUUCAUGAACGGAGAGGUUCGGACCAAAGGUGACGACUGCCAGUUCGUCUGCAUCGCCCAGGAGGACUACUGGCGCAUCCUCAACCACGUGGAGAAGAACACACACAAGGUGGAGGAGGAGGGGGAGAUUGUGAUGGUGAAGGAGCACCGCGAGCUGGACCGCAGCGGGACCAGGAAGGGACACAUCGUCAUCAAGGGAACCCCAGAGCGUCUGAUCAUGCACCUGGUGGAGGAACCGUCGGUGGUGGACCCCACCUAUAUCGAGGACUUCCUGCUGACCUACAGGACCUUCUUGUCCAGUCCCAUGGAGGUCGGCAAGAAACUACUGGAGUGGUUCAAAGUGGACAGCCUCCGAGACACGGUAACGAGAAUAGUGUUGCUAUGGGUCAACAACCACUUCAACGACUUUGAAGGUGAUCCGGCCAUGACUCGCUUCCUGGAGGACUUUGAGAAACAUCUAGAAGCCACAAAAAUGAAGGGCCACUUGCGGCUGUUGAACAUAGCGUGUGCAGCCAAGGCCAAGUGGAGGCAGAUCACCCUGCAGAAGGCAUCCAGGGAGUCGCCUCUCUUCUUCAGCCUGCAGGGCGGCAGUGAGAGGGGCUUUGGCAUCUUUGUUGAGUCGGUGGAGGAAGGAAGCAAGGCAGCAGAGGCAGGACUCAAACGGGGAGAUCAGAUCAUGGAGAUCAAUGGUCAGAACUUUGAAAACAUUUCCUACUCCAAAGCUGUGGACAUCCUGAGGAAUAACACACACCUCUCCCUCACUGUCAAAACCAACAUAUUUGUCUUCAAAGAACUCCUCAGCAGGAUUGUUCACGAGAAGAAGAACGGCGGACCUCACAUCCCAAAGAUUCAGGAGAAGAAGGGCAAUCGCUUCUCCAUCCCUGACCUGCCAGGAGACAUGGAGUUCCCUACGGACCAGAAGAGCACCCGGAAAAUGAAGGCCAACACUGUGUCAGGAGGACGCAACAAGAUCAGGAAGAUGCUGGAGAAGACACGCUUUAGCAUCCUGCCACCCAAGCCAUUCAGUGAUGGCAGUGUGGGUCAGUCUCAGGACGACAGCAUCGUCGGGACCAAGCAGUGCCGUCACAGCGUGGCCAUCAUGCCCAUUCCCGGCAGCCUGUCAUCCAGCAGCCCCGAUCUGCUGCAGCCGGCCACCAGUGUCCUCGACUUCUCCAACCCUGCAGACAUCCCAGACCAGGUGAUCAGGGUGUUCAAGGCUGACCAGCAGAGCUGCUACAUCAUCAUCAGUAAGGACACCACCGCCAAGGACGUGGUCGCCCACACCGUCAACGAGUUCGGCCUGCUCGCCUCACCAGAGACUUACUCCCUGUGCGAGGUGUCCGUCAGCCCAGAGGGAGUCAUCAAACAGCGCCGUCUGCCCGACCAGCUCUCCAAGUUAGCCGAUCGGAUACAGCUCAACGGCAGAUACUACCUGAAAAACAACAUGGAGACGGAGACGUUGUGUUCAGACGAGGACGCCCAGGAUCUGCUCAGAGAGAGUCAGAUCUCACUGCUGCAGCUCAGCACUGUGGAAGUCGCUGCCCAGCUCUCCAUGAGAGACUUUGACCUCUUCAGGAACAUUGAGUCCACUGAGUAUGUCGACGACCUGUUCAAACUGGACUCUUCAGCGGGGAGUGGCCAUCUGAAACAGUUUGAGGAGGUGAUUAACCAGGAGACCUUCUGGGUCGCCACAGAGAUCCUGAAGGAACCCAACACCCUGAAGAGGAUGAAGACCAUCAAACACUUCAUCAAGAUCGCUCUGCACUGCCGAGAGUGCAAGAACUUCAACUCCAUGUUCGCCAUUAUCAGUGGUCUGAACUUGGCGCCGGUGGCUCGGCUAAGGGGAUCGUGGGAGAAACUGCCCAGUAAGUACGAGAAGCUUUUCGGGGACCUGCAGGACGUCUUUGACCCGUCCAGGAACAUGGCCAAGUACCGCAACGUUCUCAGCAGCCAGAGCAUGCAGCCUCCCAUCAUACCCCUGUUCCCAGUGGUUAAGAAGGACCUCACCUUCCUACAUGAAGGCAAUGAUUCCAAUGUGGACGGUCUGGUGAACUUUGAGAAGCUGAGGAUGAUCGCCAAGGAGAUCAGACACGUGGUGCGGAUGACCUCUGCCAAUAUGGACCCUGCCCUCAUGUUUCGACAGAGGUCUCUAAGUCAGGGCAGCACCAACUCCAACAUGCUUGACGUCCAGGGCGGCGCUCAUAAGAAGCGAGUGCGUCGAAGCUCCCUCCUCAAUGCCAAGAAGCUGUACGAGGACGCCCAGAUGGCCAGGAAGGUGAAGCAGUACCUGUCCAACCUGACGGUGGAGACGGACGAGGAGAAACACCAGAUCAUGUCCCUGCAGUGUGAGCCGGCCUACAGCACCUUGUCUAAAAACCUGAGUGAGAGGCGAUCCACCAAGUCGGACAUGUCUCCCGUGUCUCUACGGUCGGCUCUGCCCUCAGGAAAAACGCAGAACAGGGUGUCGCAGGUUCUCCAGGUUCAGGUCCCGCUGUACCCACUAAGAAAGAAGAGCACUGCCAAAGAUAUAGGCACACCUAACUCAAAUUCUCCUCAGGUGGUGAAGAAACCCCCAGUGAGCUCAGCAGAGGAGUGGAGCACCAAGAGACAAGCUGACGACACCGUUUCCACCAUCUCUUCCCUUCACUCCAGCCCUACCGUGUCCCCACAGGGCUCUCCACGCAAAGUAGGGGGCGUGCCCAAGUCCCAGAACUCCAGCCAGAUGAACCUGUCAGGAUCGUCAUCCUCGCUGACCAGCGACGCCAGCACCAAAGCCGGAACCAUCAGCCUGCGCAGCUACGGCAUAGGCUAUGCUCUCCUACCAGCUGGGAAGGCAGACAACCUGUCAGACUCCAGUCACAGCGAGAUCUCCUCCCGCUCCAGUAUCUGCUCAGUCGACUCCAUGCCUGCCCCUGGGCCUGACGACCGGUGUAACAACAGCAACAGGACCUGUACGACAACAGCUGCCGCUGCUGUUGAGAACACAGCUGCCUUGCAUACACACUCAAACGCUGAUUGCAACCAGCCUAGCACAAGCAGUUCCUCAUCGUUGGCUCGAGGCUGCGUGACGCGAGCCUCCACCUUCACCUCCUCCGUCUCCACAGAGGAGCUGACGCCGGACCACACCUCCCUGGACUCGGUGGUCGACAGUGGCCGCGGCAGCUGGACGUCCUGCUCCUCCAAUUCCCACGACUCCUUCCAGAGCCUCCCCGCCUCCUCGUGUCGGCCCUGGGACCACGGCAUCCACGGCCCCCCGCACGCACACGCGCUCCCGCACACGCACCUGGGCGGCUUCAGACACACGCAGCUGUCCGGGCCGAUCGCGGAGGUGGAGGCCGGCACGGCGUGGGCGAACGAGGACAACGCCAAGCGGAACUCCAAGGACUCCAGCUCGGAGCUGUCGAACCAGUCGCGGCAGAGCUGGGCGUCGUCCAGCUCGCUGUCGGACACCUACGAGGGGAAUUACGGGACGAUAAAACGCCGCAACACCUCGGAGCACCCCUCCUCGCCAGCCCAUGAGGAAGGAGGGCAAAGCACAGACCCUGCCUACAAAACGGUGACAUCAAGCACAGAGAAGGGCCUGAUAGUGUACUGUGUCACCUCCCCCGCCAAGGAUGAGCGUUACCGAGCUCCCCCUCCCACCCCUCCAGGCUACCAAGGUCUGGCUCUGGGGGAUCUGGGCCUCCUAGAUGGAGUCGCAGGUGGGCCAGGAGGUCUUCCCAGGCCUCCCCACCUCAGACCCCCAGACUACAGCGUGGCCCUGCAGAGGAGCAAGCUGCUGCAGAGCCCCGGAGCGGCCGGAGGGCUGGCGGAGGCUCGAAGGCUGGCCGGUAACCACCACCAUCACCAGGAGGCGCGGACGACGGCUUCCCUGCAGGGCCAGGGCUCCUCCAGACCGCCCAGCAUCUGCCUGCCGCCGCAGAGGCCGGCCGACAGUGAGGACGACGAACAGGUGUCGGCGGUGUAAAAAUGGUGACGUCACACACACACACACACACGGACACGGACAAAGUCACGUCGGAUGGGCCGCGGACUCUAAGCUAAGCAGCCUGCUGUCAUCGUUCUUCAGAGCACACUCUCCUGGCCCCGCCCACAGCCCUGUGUGACAUCACCACGGACCAUCAUGCACCUCCAGACCAGACCAUCACGUGACCUCUCUCCGCCUCCCAGGAGUUGUACUGUAACUGUACUCAUCUCUUUUAAACCCAUUUUAAAAGAAGAAGAAGAACAAAAAAAAAAAAAAAGGUUUUAGAAACUUUAAAAAAAAACAAACUCUCGAGUGAAACAGGACUUUUAGGCGCCGUGUGAUGGAUGUCAAACGAGAACAGAACAAAUCACAGGAAAGAGUGGCGGUGGCGGCGGCGGCGGCGGCGGCGGCGGCGGUGAUGCCUCAUGAGAAGAAGUCAGCCUCCUCAGAAACAGACCACCAUGUACCUCCAUUUUGCGCCACAAGCUCUCUUGUCUACAGGCAUUUUCCAUUGUUUUUACAGUCUCAACAUGUUGUACAGUGAUAUUUUUCUGUAAAGUGUUUGUUUUUUUUUUCCCUUCAAUUGCAUCUCUGAGCUUUAAGCAGAAUGCAAAGAGUUUAGCUAUGAAAACAUUCAGGAGGAACGGACAAAGGGAUAGAAAGCUGCAGUCAGUGGUGUAAUUUUACCACAGUGAGCUUGAGUUUUUGUUUUCUGGCUGCUGAUUCACCUGCAGAUCGAGAUGAAAUUUUUGACCCACAGAUUUCUGACCUCUGAUUAAAUGGCUUUUAUCGGCCUCUAUGUCUAAUGCUGUUGAAAGAAUAACAAGGAAUAUCUAGAAAUUGGCCUCAGCAGUGGUGUCGGUGGUUAGAUGCCUCCGCCUCUAAAUGCAGAAGCGCAGCAGCAGUGAAGCUGAAGCUCGCCGUGCUCAAACUUUACACUUUGGACUGUCCCGCCUCCUACUGGAGGUCAGGAAGGCCCUCAGGAGCCACGAGGGGGCCUUUUUACAUUUGUUUCCCCUUGCUUGGGAGAAAGUGCAAGAACCUCCUGCAGGAGAACAGAGUGUGUGUUUGUGUUGAGCACUUAUUGUACUUUGUUGAGCUUUAAAAAAAAAAAAAGAAGAAAAAAAAA